AUGGAAGAUGCGAAAUUAAUUGAAAUCAAUGAAAAUGGUUUAAACAAAAGUGAAAAUCAUGAAGAAAAUGGGCGAAAAGAAUCCGAUGAUUCUUUGUUUAAUUUCGAAGACGAUGAUGAAGAUAAUAAACAUGAUGAUGAUAAUCAAUACAAAUGUUCAUUAUGUAAAUCUUUUUACAAUCAACCGAAAUUCUUAUCCUGUACACAUUCAUUUUGUUUACAAUGUUGUGAAAAACUCUUCGAAAACAAAGAUCAAAUCAAAUGUCCAACGUGUCAACAAGUCACCGAAUUGACUAACCUAAAUCAAUUAAUUGAUAAUUAUGUUUUAAUCCGUGAAAUGGAAGAAUUCGCAUUAAAAAAUGGUUCGAUUGAAUGUCGUGCAUGUACAUCUAAUGAUGUUGGUGUUGCACAUUGUUCAACCUGUUCGUCAUAUUUGUGCGCGAAAUGUUGUCAAGCUCAUCAGUAUAUGAAAUGUUUUGAACAACAUCAAGUACGUCGAUUAUCUCAAAUCUCCACUGACGAACAAAAUAGCACACGAAAAUGUUCGAUUCAUUCGAACAAUGAAGUCAAAUUUUUCUGUACAACAUGUUCAAUUCCAUUAUGUGAUCAAUGUUUAAUAUCACAUCCCUCACCUCAACAUGAUGUGCAUAAAAAUCAAUUCGAACAGAUCUAUUCAGAUUUUACCGACAAAUUCCAACAAGUCGAUGAACAACGAACGAAUGCUUUAGCACAGAGUGAUCAUCAAUUAACGUCGCUACAACAGAUUUACGAGAAAACGAAAAGCCAAAUCGAUGUGGCAUAUGAACAAUAUCAACAGAUUCUCAAUCAAGUGUACAAUGAUUGUUUAUCAACAUUGAAUAAUCUCCAACGUGAAGAAGAAAUGCGUUUAAUCGAUGAAUUAGAAAGUCUUCAGAAAGGUUCGCAAUCAUUUGAUGAUAGUCGCUCGUUGUUCAAACGUUGUUUAUCGAAAUGUUCAUUAAAUGAAUUAGUGCAAUUGAAAACGAAAUUAUUCGAUGAGAAAAUUCAAUCAUUUCAAAAAUUAUUUCAAUCCGACAAAACCGAUGAAACAACUUCCGAUAAAAUUAUUCAAUUUGUCAGUACACCAACACAAGAUUUUCAACAAAUUAUUAAACUUCAUUUCGGUCAAUUAAUUAAACCACAAUCGAAAACGAUUUCGUCACCAACGAACCAUCAAUUGAAUCAACGAGGAUCGUUAUUAUCAUCAGUCAAUGGCGAUUCCGCUUCAUCAUCAUCAGGUGUUGGUAGUAUGGGUGUUGGACAAGUCUCUUCACGUGGAACAAUUUUAUCCAAUGGUGUUUCACCAUCAGGUGCAAAUCGUGAAGAUUAUUUUGGAAAUAAUUCGACAAAUGAUACCGAACCCGUUGUAGAAAAUCUUCGUGCAUUAGAAUCAAUUUUCGUUGAUUCUUUAUCAACAAUUCAUCCAAAUGUUCAAAGUAAUUUAGAACAAAUUCUUCAAAUGAAUCAACAAAUUCAACAACACGAUAAUUCCUAUGUAACAUUAAAUCGUCAAGUCUCCGCACCGCCAUUAGGUCAACGUUCUCCACCCAAUAAUCAAUAUCCUCCUCCAUCAUUAUUGGCAACAUAUUCAAGUACGAAUAGUGGUGGAUCAAGUAACGGAAAUAAUAGUCGAUCGACAACACCAUUUUCUGGUAUUGUACCGAAUUCGGCAAUCGAUAUCAAUUUAAAUUUUCCAUCACAAACGGCAAUGAUACGUCGAAGUGGACAAUCGAUGCAAGUUCGAGCGAAAUUUGGUUCAUUAGGUCCACAGAAAUGUCAAUUCAAUGCUCCACAUGGAUUUUGUCUGGGAAUUGACGAAGAAAUCAUUGUCGCCGAUACGAAUAAUCAUCGAAUACAAAUUUUCGAUAAGACAGGCGAAUAUAAAUAUCAAUUUGGUAUGCCCGGCAAAGAAGAAGGUCAAUUAUGGUAUCCAAGAAAAGUCGCCGUGAUUCGACAAUCAGGAAAAUUUGUUAUUUGUGAUCGAGGAAAUGAAAGAAGUAGAAUGCAAAUAUUUACAAGAAAUGGACAUUUCAUUCGUAAAAUUUCGAUUCGAUAUGUCGAUAUUGUCGCUGGUUUAGCCAUUACACAACAAGGAAAUAUUGUCGCGGUGGAUUCAGUAUCACCAACGGUUUUUUGUAUAAGUGAAGCUGGAGAUUUGAUAAAAUGGUUUGAUUGUUCAGAUUAUAUGAGAGAACCGUCCGAUAUCGCCAUUUUUAAUAAUGAAUAUUUUGUUUGUGAUUUUAAAGGUCAUUGUGUCGCUGUAUUUGAUGAAGAUGGAACAUUUUUACGACGAAUCGGUUCCGAAAGUGUCACGAAUUUUCCUAAUGGAAUCGAUAUAAGCGAUGCCGGUGAUGUAAUCAUUGGUGAUUCACAUGGAAAUCGAUUUCAUAUUGCUGUAUUUUCCCGUACAGGUGAUUUCUUACAAGAAUUUGAUUGUCCAUAUGUAAAAGUAUCACGUUGUUGUGGAUUGAAAAUAACAUCGGAUGGUUUUAUUGUUACAUUAGCGAAAAAUAAUCAUCAUGUUCUUGUUUUAAAUACUCUUUAUUUAACAUAG